AUGUUCAUCAUCAACUGGUUUUGGGAUGCCCUCAGCUAUCUCGGGCUUUCUCGCAAGAACGCAAAGAUUCUUUUCCUGGGUCUCGACAACGCCGGCAAAACCACACUCCUCCACAUGCUCAAAGACGACAAAGUCGCAACUCACGUGCCGACUCUUCAUCCGCACUCUGAAGAAUUGCUCAUUGGAAAGAUUCGUUUUCGAACCUUCGAUUUGGGAGGACACGAAACGGCUCGAAGAAUUUGGAAAGAUUAUUUCGCGACGGUAGAUGGAAUUGUUUUUCUGGUGGACGCUGCGGAUAGAACUCGAUUUCUGGAAGCUGCUGAGGAGCUUCGUCAGCUUAUGGAGAGCCAAGAACUUUCUACUGUACCAAUAGUGGUUUUGGGAAAUAAAAUUGAUGUUAGAAAUGCUGCUAGUGAAGAAGAGUUCCGACAAGCUUUGGGUUUACACUCUCAUACUACUUUUGGGAGGGAAAUUAAGUCGACCGCUGCUGCUCACGCUGCUCAGGAGUCGGGUAUUCGCCCCGUGGAAGUAUUCAUGUGCUCGUCGAAUUCCAAGAGAAUUCAGAUGCACAAGACUGCCAACGUCAUCUAG